CAAGCCCACGUAUCUCAGCCUUUAUUCAGAGGAGAUGUUCUCCAACCCUCUGAGCAUCCUCUGGACCUGCUCCAACAGCACUGUGUCCUUCUUGUGCCAGAGGCCCCAGGCCUAGACACAGUGCUGCACUCAGGGUCUCCUAAGGGCAGAACAGAGAGAGACAAUCCCCUCCCUCUUCCUGCUGGCUACACUCCUGUUGAUGCAGCCCAAGAUACUUUGCCCUUCUGGGCUGCAAGUGCACUUUGCUGGCUCAGGUCCAACUUUUGGCCAUCACGACCACCCCAAGACCUUCUGAGCAGGGCUGCUGUCAGUGAGCUCUUCUGCCAGUCUGUAGCCAUAUCUGGGAUGGCCGCAAACCAAGUGCAACACCUUACACUUGGCCUGCUUGAGUCUCAUUAGAUUCACAUGUACAUAAUCAUCCAGAGGUAGCUGCAUAGAUUGUUUUGGCACUUUUAUCUUUUUUACUUCAAAAUUGCAUUACAAGUCCUGUCUUGAAGAUAGCUGUAAAGCAGCUGGAGAAUGGAAAAGUCCUGUUCAAAAUCAGAUAUGACAUGUUCAUUCUGGAUAGGAAUGUGCUUCUCAGUUAUACAACUAUCGUUCUGUAUUUAACUGCAUUUACAAGAUUUGUCUUGUUACCUUCAUGAGAGUUCACAGCUUAUUCGACACUUCCUCAGGCUAUAAAUUAUGGGUGCAUGCCUACUGAAGGGUGAUUUAUUAUUUAAAUAAAUAUUAAAAAAAAAUUACAUCCAUCCCACAUGUAGCUGGAAAGAGGCUUCUUUGUGCACCAAGCCUUUAAAUUGAGAGCAGCCGGGUACUUACUACUACCACUUUUUCAGAUCAUUUUGCUGAAGGAUCGCAGUCAGUUCCACUUGCCAUGAAGAGAGUUGCUCUUCUUUUCCUGGUAGUGAUCUGUGGCAUGGGAGGAUUGGGACAAAAGCUGAAACCAAAGAAGAGAAGCAAUGGUGAAGAAAUCAAUUUUCGGACUAAAAACAAAGAUGUCUGCACAAUGAGCAUAAGUGGGGAUGAAGAGAUGAAAGCAAGAAUUGAAUGCAAAGGCCAAGGCAAGUCCUACUGGUGUGAAUACACUGGUAUGCCAUUGCUUUGUAAUCCUUUCCGAAACAAUCCAAAAAUGUAUUGGAAUCAAAUCGCCAUGGAACUCAGAAAGCUCCCUCAUGCCUGCGAAUCUACACAAAUAUUGAAGGCCAGCAUGUGCCAAAAGGCUCCUGUGGAUGCUCUCAUGAAGCAAGUAGCUGCUGGCAUGGGGCCAGAAGACGUGGCAAAUCGGGACAAAUCAUCCCAGAAAACUUCAGCUUCUGUGAGAGGAGCUGGGAAGAGCUCUGUUAAGAAAAUGGGGAAACCUGCAAUGUUACCUCGUAUAAAACCAACCCAGCCUGGUCAAGGUUCUGAAAAUGAAAGCGAAGCAAUGAAACUGGCACGGGAACAUUGCUGGGAAUCCCUGCACGAGUUCUGCUCCUACAUUAUUGGCUUCUUUAGAGGUUAAGGAUUUACUUCAGGUAAAGCUCCAUCUUGCAGCACAGUAAAAUGUAUCUAAGAGUAACCCUGCCGUAAUUCUCUUUAUUUUAAUGUUGGGGAUCUUUCAGGGGGCAUGAAUAGGGGUGUUCCAAGAUCACUAACAAAUCUAAAGUUGGAAAUUCAUACUGUGGCUUCUGAAGAUUCACAGAACCUAAACUCCCCUGAAUACCUGGUAGCUCAGGACUCCCUGACUGACUGAGUCUUUAGUACAUACUGAGGUAAUUGUUCCAUCUGUUGAUAACAAAUUAGUGUCAUUUUGAGCAAGUUAUACGUUGCUGCAUCUUAGAAUUUAUGUCUGAAUCCUACAGUAUUUCAAUUCUAGCUGUUUGAAUUGGGCUCAUUUCUCCCUUCUGCCUUUUCUUCCCUCUUGCGCUGUUUUUGGAUUUAAGCCAGGAACAUGAUAAAUAACAAAUACAACAGAUGGAUGGGAAAAGUGCAAUUCAGAUCAUUAUAUUCAGAAUUUGGAAGAAUAAAGUUUGUUUAUCAGAACUGCUGCUUAGUAGUUAACCAUUUAAAUUUUAAAAGCAAUUCAUAAUCGACUUGCAGAAAUUAAUAAAACCAAAAACUGCGUCUGUUUCUGUAGCCUCACUGUCAUCCCCAUGCAGACUCCUCUGAUAAGUUCUCAAGUUUUCAGCCAAGCUACACAGUGGCAAAGCCCUCCAGAAGUAAUUGGCUUUAUACCUACUUACAUUUCACCUCAGAGAGAUUGCCAGGAGUAGGAAACUAAAGCUGAAAAAACUUUUGACAGAAAUGGGAGUAUACUUAGCAUGAGCCAGGGCUUAGUCCGCUCAUGUUCUUGGUUUGCUCCAUACAACCAAGUGACUAAUUUUUUCUCUUUGUUUUGCAGUUUUUUCCACAACUGAAGAAGGGUCCCUGCUGUAGUUUAAUAACUCAGACUUAAGAAUUUGGGUUUGAACUUGAUCAUCUCUAUAAAAGUUGUAGCUAUUUCUCUUUGCACUCCUAAAAUGAAACUUUUCAACAGCCCUGAAAGAAGCAAGAAUCAGAGUAACUGUACUUGGAUAUGAUGAUAAACCGACUCCUGCAUGUACUGCAUUAUGUAACUGAGGUUCCACUUCUGCUGGUCUUGAACAGGGCUUUGUGUGUGCUGAGCUGCUUUGCUGUGCUAGAG